UUGCUUAAUUGUAUUUAAAUGUUCUGUUAUUUUUGUUGUAAGAAAAUGGUUAUUAAACCUGUUAUACUGUAUUAUGACAACACAUUUUUGCGAAUAAGUUUGUGUCGUGAUAAUACCAUUAGGGCUGGUCAGAAUACCUUUUUUUUUUUUUUUUUUUUUUUUUUGAUUCGCAGCUCAGUAGUAAACGGCACUGAAUAUUCAAAGCUUCAGCGGGAGGGGGCUGAAGAUAUUUUUAUUAAAGGCAUGUGUAACGAGUAUAAAUAUGGUGUGGCCCCUUUAAGAGCUGCACACUCUUGGUUGAACUGUGUCGAACUCGAACACAUGUAUGUGGGUUAUUUCUGUUUUUCUGUUGCUCAUUUAAAAGUUAUUUUUAAUGUGUAUUUAUUUUAAUUCUAUUUAGAUGUUUACUGAAGGGUUUGGCCUGGUAAAUUAUUCCGAAAGUGAUGAGACUGAUGAUGAGAAAGACAACCCUACCUCUUUUGUUCGACAAAAGACAAGGAAUGAAAACAUUCAGAUGGAUGGGGUACCUGAUUAUUCUGACCCUCUGUUUGACUCGAGUGAGAGUAUAGUUGAUGAAACUGAUGAGGAGUCCAGUUCUCAAUCAGACAAAGUUGUUCCAAAGCGAAGGACAAAAAGCAUUUCGAUGGAUAAAGUACCAGAUUGUUCUGUUCCAAGUGAUGAAAGCACAGAUGAGAUUGACACUAUGUCGGAAAUGGCUCCACAAAGGCCAAAGAGAAGCUGUCACCAUCCUAUUCAAAGGCAUCUUGUAGAAUCAGAUGACUCAUGUGGCGAUAGCGAAGAUGAGUAUAUUCCAGAUCCCAGGGAGGAAAGUACAGGGGAAAGCAAUGACAGUGACUGCAGCUUGAAGUUAUCUCUGGAAAAUAAACCAAAGUCAUCUAUUAGUCAAAGCAGAAGCAAGUCAUCAAGUAAGAGCAGGUGCAAGUCUUCAGGUCAGAGCCAAUUUGAGUCCAGUCAGAGCAGAAGAUUUGAAACAAGUCAAGACUCUGUGCAAAGAUUUUCCAAUAGCAGAGAUGAAAGAAGCAGAGAGAAAACAGGGCAAACAUAUAGUAAGAAGGCGAUGAGUGUUUCAGUUCCUCUUGAAGAGCCCUCUGUCUAUGUUAAUGAAGUUUUAAAAAAAGAAGAUGGGUCUAGAAGAUACAACAAGAAGCAUCACUGCUUGUUUUGUAGCCAAGUUGUUCAGAAAAUGUCCAGACACUUGUCACGUAAACACAGCGACGUAGUUGAAGUUGCUAAAGCAUUAAGUUUGCCAAAGAACUCGAAAGAAAGGAGACUACAGUUAGAUUAUAUCCGAAACAAAGGAAACUUUGAGCACAACGUUGAAGUUUUGGAGAGCCGCAAAGGCCAACUCAUCCCAUGGAAGCAACCAAAGAAAAAAACUGAAGGACAAGAAUUUACGCACUGUGUUUACUGCUACGGACUGUUCCGAAAAAAAGUGAUGUGGAGACAUUUUAAGGUUUGCAAUUUUAAGCCUCAGGGCAAAAACUCUAAACGAGGAAAAUCCAGAGUUCAAGCGUUGUGUGCUUUUGCAGAACCUGCUCCAGCUGGUUUUAGUGACGCAUACUGGAAGUUCCUGAGCGAAAUGAACCAGGACGAAGUUGCAGUUGCAGUUAAGGAAGACCGCUGCAUUCUUGAGUAUGGUCUCAGAUUAUUCAGUAAGAAUGAGCACGUAACUAGCCAACAUCAAUAUAUCAGACAGAAACUCAGAGAGCUUGCCAGGCUGGUACUUGAAGCAAAAAAGGUGACGCAUGUGAAGUCAAUAAAAGAACUCAUAAAACCUGAAAAGUACAGUCAGGUUGUCAGAGCUACAAGAUGCCUUGCUGGUUUUAGUGACACAACUGGCAAAUAUAAACGUCCAUCUCUUGCUCGCAAAGUUGGGCAUGGCUUGCAUGCUUUAGCUAUGUUUAUCAAGUCUGAAGGACUGAUGAGGAAAGAUCAACAGACUGCCAAAGAUGCUGAGGAAUUUGCACUGUUAUAUCAAGAAAGUUGGAAAUUUGACAUUGCGAGUCAAGCACUUACUCAGCUUAAUCAGACCAAGUGGAAUUCUCCUCAGGUUCUGCCGUUCACACAGGACGUCCAAAAACUUCAUUGCUAUUUGUCUGACAAACAGCAAGAACUACUUGAUGCUCUUCAAAAAGAGCCUUCUCCAUUAAACUGGAAAGACCUAGCUAAAGUGACCCUGGCAAAUGUUAUCCUCUUCAACCGCCGUAGAUCAGGAGAGGUAUCCCGAAUGCCCUUGUCUGUGUACUUGUCAAAGGAUACAUCAGAAACUCAUGAAGAUGUUAACCUAGCCCUUACAGCACUCGAGCAGAAGCUUUGCAAACAUUUUGUCCGGGUUGCCAUAGUAGGAAAGAGAGGAAGGAAAGUCCCUGUUCUCCUUACUCCAGUAAUGAGGGAAUCACUUGAUGCUUUGACCGAGAAGCGAGAAGAAUGUGGAGUUCUGAAAGAAAAUGGCUUCUUGUUUGCAUUGCCACACUCUGUCCAUUACUUGAGGGGUUCUGAUUGCAUUAGGCAGUUUGUGAACGAAUGUGAUGACAUCAAACAUCCCGAAGCGCUAACUUCAACAAAACUAAGGAAACACAUUGCUACUCUGUCAACCGUUCUAAAUCUGAAAACAACAGAACUCGACCAGUUAGCAGAUUUCCUUGGCCACAACAUUGCAGUCCACAGAAAGCACUACCGUCUUCCAGAAGGCACCCUCCAGCUGGCUAAAAUUAGCAAAGUACUUUUAGCUCUGGAAAAGGGACGGCUAGGAGAGUACAAGGGGAAGAAUCUGGAUGAAAUUCAGCUUGAUGUGACUGAGGCUGUUGACGUGGACAUGGAUGAGUGCUCUCAAGAAGAAGAUGAAUUUAUUCCGGAAGCUGUAGACAGCGUGAAGUCCAUUGAGGAACCAACUUCAACAGUAUAUUUGCAACCAAAAGCAAAGACGGCCAAAAAGAGAGGCAAACAAACUGCAGCCAGAAGAUGCUGGUCCGCCGAUGAAUGUGCUGCAGUGGAAAAGCACCUCAAGAAGUUCAUUACGAGGAACCAAGUCCCUGGAAAAAUGGACUGUGAGCAUUGCAUUGAGGCAGAACCAGAAGUUUUAGGAACCCGAGACUGGAAGGCAGUCAAGUAUUUCAUAAAAAACCGCAUUACUGCUUUACGAAGAAAAGUAGAGUAAAAUAGUGUCCACUAGUGUUCAGCUUGGGACAUGAGUUCAAAGUGUUUUCAGGUAAAGGUCACACUCUAAAAAAUGCUGGGUUAAAAACAACCCAAGUUGGGUUGAAAAUGGACAAACUGGGUAGUUUUAUUUAAACCAAAAAUUGUUUAAAAAUUACUAUAUUUCUUGCUUAAAAUGAACCCAUAAUAUGUUGGAAAUUAAUAUUUAUUCAAGUUUAAUAAACAAACAUUUGAAUAAUACUUAAACAAUAAACAUUUAUUAAAUUGCU